UUCUCAACAUUCGUUUGUGAACAGUGAAAAAUAAAUAUCUGCUAUUAAAAUGUCUGGACGUGGUAAAGGUGGCAAAGUGAAGGGAAAGGCAAAGUCUCGCUCGAACCGUGCCGGUCUUCAGUUCCCUGUUGGUCGUAUUCAUCGUCUGCUUCGCAAGGGCAACUAUGCCGAGCGUGUCGGUGCUGGCGCUCCUGUUUACCUGGCUGCCGUGAUGGAAUACUUGGCCGCUGAAGUUCUUGAGUUGGCUGGCAAUGCUGCCCGUGACAACAAGAAGACGAGAAUUAUCCCUCGCCAUCUGCAGCUGGCCAUCCGCAACGAUGAGGAGUUGAACAAGCUGCUCUCAGGCGUCACCAUUGCUCAGGGUGGCGUUUUGCCCAACAUCCAGGCCGUUCUGCUGCCCAAGAAGACCGAGAAGAAGGCAUAAGUGCUCCAAUAGCAACAAUUUACAUUCUUGUACAUACACAUAUAAACCCAAACGUCCUUUUCAGGACGACCAAAA